AAGUGUUGAUAGCCAGUGAGAGGCUACCCGCUGUCGUGUCCCUCGCCCAGCCCACCACCCAACCCAGCACCCCCCGGCCUUCGCCAGUGAGGCAGUCAGUCAGUGGCUCAGUGCUUUCCCUGCGGCCGCAAUGGAAGGUCUCGUCGUCGCUGUGGUUGGCGGCAGCGGGUUCCUCGGGCAGCACGUGGUGGCGCAGCUGCUCGCCGUCCAGCCCUCCGUCAAGGAGAUCAGAGUUAUCGACUCUAAAUCCUACAAGCCGGUCAUCGAGUCUCCGCCCGAAGCUGCCGCAACCGUGGUGUUCCGGCGAUAUGACGUGGUGGACGAGGCCGAGUUGGAGAAGGCCCUGGCCGGCGUGGAGGCGGUGAUCAACUGCUCCGCCAUUACCCCAGACUUCCGCAAAGAAGAUCUCGGUUAUGACAACCGCGGGAGACGAGUCAAUCUUGACGGAGUGAAGAGCCUGGUGGCGGCGUGCCAGGUGGCCGGUGUGCGGGUACUCGUGCACACCAGCACCUUGGCUGUGGUGAUGGGUGGCGUCAGGAUUCUGGAACACACGGAGCCGCUUACUCCCGAGGUGUCCGAGUCACACCUGGUGCUGGGUCAGUACGCCAUAGACAGACGCCGCGCUGAGGAGGUGGUGCUCAGCGCCCACGGGUCGGCCACACUUAAGGGCGGAGGGCUGCAGACGGUGGUUUUGCGGCCACCGUUGCUGUACGGGGAGGGGGACCGCUCCUUCGUGCCGGUGAUCGUGCGUCUAGCCCGGGCAGGAGGCGACAGGGUGCCAUCGGUUGGGGAUCCAGAAGCUUUUAUUCAGGCAGCGUAUGUGGGUAAUGUCGCUGCUGCCCACGUGUGUGCUCUGCGCAAGCUCCUUUCGGGUGCUGACGAGGGCCUGCAGGAGUGCGGGGGCCUGCCCAUUUACGUGACCGACAACACGCCACCCAACAAUCUGCCUGGCCUGGCCCAUCCCUUCAUCCAGCACCUCAAUCUGCAUCCCUCGCGGCUGCUGCCCUACUGGAUGGUGUACCUCAUGCUCAUGCUGACGGCCAUCUGGACCGCCGUCUGGGCUGUUCUUGGAUUCGCCAGUCGUCCCUCGUCGCUGCCAUCUCUAAUCCUGCACCGUUUCUCCGGCACUGCAACAGUAGUGAGCAGGAUGCGGGCAGAGCUGUGCAUUGGUUAUUCACCGCCAUACUCGUGGUCAGAGGCACAGCGCCGAGCAAACCUUUAUUAUUGUAAGAAAAUAACCUAAAAGACGACUUUGUUCGCCCAUUGAUAAGGUUCUUGGAAGAGACUAUUUUCUUCAUACAUACAUACGUAUAUUCAUGUAUCACAGUAUUGUUCACCAAGGGAAAAAUAAACGUAAUAGCAGA